CACUUUAUAAAAACAUGUUCGCACAUUAAGAACAGACUGUCAGUAGGUAGACAAUUACGAACUAUCAUUACAUAAAAACAGAACAUGCAGCAAACCUGCUGCUCAAUGUUCUACAUAUAAAUGAGUAAAGAAUGCGAGCCCCAGCUGCGUUUUGGUAUUCCCUAAAUUACCCACGUGUUGCCGUGCACGCGCCUGUAUUGGGGGAUGCUACUGUUGGUGACAGGAUCGUUGUCAAGGGGAUGCGUCAGUGCUGUGCAAGUUACAGAAAGAUUUUGAGGAACUUUUUGAAGUUGUCAUCACGAAUGCUAUGAAGCCUGGUUUCUUCUCCCAAAUACCAGAACAGAGACCCUUCCGAACUCUUGCAGUGCUACCAUCAGAACAGCUACACGGUACUAUGAACUGCAGUCAAGCCUACCACCAAAUUCCAGCCCUGUGGAUUCAAAAGCAAAAAACUUCUUCACAGCUUGGCAGCACAAGGAGAAAGAACACGAAGACACCUUCUGCCCCCUCAAAACAGUGGGGCUCCUACUUUGUGGAUGUCUGCAAAGGGCUGAACGAAGAGGAAGAGGAGGGGUCAUUGAAGCAUACUUGGUGUUGCCACAGCAUAAACACUUACAGUACCAUUGCCAUUCCCAGUAUAGAAGCAAUAGCAGAUCUCCCAUUGGAUUAUAUAUUCCCAAGGUUUUCACCAAAUAAACCGAGAACAACUGGCUACUACCCCAGACCUCCGGAAACCCUUCUGAAGAUGAGCGAGAGCAGCCCUAGAGAAUAAAGCAUGGGAAAAGGUUUUUUCCUAAUCCACGGUUCAAAUUGUAAGCACAAUAGAUACAACUAAAUACAAUAAUGGACAAUACUGUAAGUUAAGACAACCCUUAGUCAAGUGCUGUUGUCCAGCAGUCUUCUUGAAGAUAGAAAUGUCAUAAUUUCACUGGGAUACAAAUUCACAUAAACCUUGUGGGUAUAUGUGCAAAUAUAUUUGUGGUAGGAUUUUCUUCAUUCUCUUGUCUCAAUAUAAAGUGCUCUAGGGGAAUCACGUUAAUUAGAAAACGAUUGAGAGGGGACAGCCAAUCAGCUUCCAAAUCUAGCAGGCUUCUAUUUUGCAUAG